CUCCCCUCCCGCCCCCCCAGAAGUGGUAUCGCCCGCCAUAACCUUGGUGAGAAGGCAGGCGAGAGAGAGAGGCUAGUGCGCGUCGCACCGGCGGCAACAUGGCGGAGACCGAGCGGUCGCUCUGCGAGUACCGGGAGAAGCACGGCGGCGAGAGGGACGGCGAGGGCUUGAAAGCGGCGCCGCCGUUGCGGGGACGUGGCUGUGGAAGGAAACGGAAAGGAACGCCGGUAAAAGUCUUUGUAACGGCAGCUGAGGAGGAGAACAACCCUGAGCUCACAUUCUGCAGAGGUGAUCGCAAGGAAGCAGCAGAGAGUAAGCGUGCCACACCGGACGGGCCUCACUGCGUCACCCAACCCUCUCCCGGCAACUGCACCCCACCUGAGAAGGGCCAGGACAAAUUCCCCAGCACAUCCAAAGCCACCAGCUCCAGCUCAGCUUCCACCCCGGCAACCUCCUCGGCUCGAACCCCGACACCGGUCCCUGCCCCGGCCACCAACCCGGCCACCUCAGCCCAAGGGGCCCCUUCCGUGACCGCGGCGUUUACCGCACCGGCGGCCCCGGUAGCUUCGGCUACCGCCCCGGCCAGCAGCUCCUUCCCACCUUCCCCCAACUGUCGCAUCAGAGAGGUUCACUGCGGCAGCCAGGUGCGACUGGUGGUCAUCGCCAUCCGGGACAUCACCAAGGGGGAGGAGAUCACUGUGGACUACAGCCUGACCGAGUGGGGCGAGAACCUGGGUUUCCGUGGCUCCAUGUCUGCAGCACAACAGGAAUGUAACUCCGAGAGUCACAACUUAAGAAAGGAGGAGGAGCCAGUGUCGCUGACCCCCCAGCGACAUCAGCGACAGAAGCAACGAGCACAUCAAGACUUUGUCACCCCAUCUUGGUCCCUCUCGCCCUCCUCCUCUCCCAUCUCCCAUUCCGACGCCAGCGAGUCGGACGCCGCAGACGAGGACAACGCCAGCCCCCGCGGGCGCACGCCACGCCGCCGUAGGAGGCGGCGCGGCGCCCCUUCGAAGAAAAAGACCCCCAACCGGACACCGCCCGCCUCCUCCAGCCAUCCUCUCCCUUCAUCCCAGCCUCCACCUUCUCCCCCGAGCUCCGCCUCCACCAAACCUGUGUUCAAAGCUCCUGCUCUACUCGACUCAGGCAGCGUGAGCGCAAACGGCCAAAAAGGAGGCGUGUCCAUAGACGCCAUGCGCCAAAGCUGCGACUACUGCGGACGCCACUUCCGCUCCUUGGGCCGCCAUUUGGACAAACACCACUCGCACCAGCCGGACGUGUGCUCCGCCCUUGUCGAGCGCUACACGCAGAUGCACAACGCAAGUCCCGCCCCCGCCCCUGCCCCCGCACACACUCAACACCACCCGAGGGCGUCAGAGGCGGACCCCGCGGAGCGGAGUGGCGUUCAGGACCUCUCCUUGUCCCCGCCUCCUACCGCCACAGCCAAACAAUCGAGCCGCGCCUCCCCUUCACUCACGCCACCGCCGGGGCAGAGCGCGGUGCCCGUGUCGGUCCUGAAGAGGAGCCCGCCCCCCGUGGCCGCGACCCCGCCCAAGAAGGGAGGAGCCAAAAGGCUGAAGAGGGAACGGCAGGAGGAAGAGGAGGAUGAGGAGGUGGUGGAGGUGGUGGAGGUGAAGAGGAGCAAAGAGGAGGACGAGGAGUGUGCCCAGUCUUUCAGAAGUAAAGGGAAAGAGGAGGAGGAGGAGGAGGAGGUGGAUGAUGAGAGUGGCACGGAGGAGAAGGACAAAGACUCUCUCAGUUCCGGCCGUCACCAGAUGCUGCCUCUCCUGUCGUCGUUAUCUUCCCUGGUUCUGUACCUCCGACGGCUGCAGCACUCGGCCUUCCUGUCGCUGUCUCGCCAGCUGCAGUCCGCCGAGGCCUGGCGCCUCCUCUGCCACUCCAGCCUGGCGCUGCUCAUCCUGUACAACCGACGGCGCGAGUGCGAAGUCUCCAAGCUGUCCAUCACCGAGUACAGGGCCCGCGUCACCCCGCAGUGCCCCGUCCCCGUCCCGCCCGGCUCGCCUCCGGCGCUUACCCCGCUGGAGGCCUCUUUGUCUCCCUUCGAGCGGCUGGUGCUCCCCCACCUCCCGCGAGUGGGCGUGCAGGGCAAGCGCGGACGCAUCCAGCCCCUCAUCCUCCCGCCGCACUGCGAGCCCUGCCUGGAGCUCCUGCUGCAGACGCGGCAGGACGUGGGCGUGGACCCGGCCAACCAGUACGUCUUCGCCAGGCCGUACCACUCCCCCGCCACGCCCCUGCGAGGCACCGACCUCCUCCGCAGCUUGGCGCGCUCCAGCGGCACCCGCAAUCCCAGAGCCCUCACCCAGACGAGGGUUCGACGCCAAGUCGCCAUCUUGACCCAACUGCUGCUCCUGGGAGAGGGAGAGGAUCCGGGCCAGCCGGAGGGCAGCGCGGUGGAGAGGCUGGAGCACUUCCUGGAACGGGAGUACCACGUGACGCAGAACUGUGCCGACAUUGGCCAGGAUCCAGGCCUGAUGGGCAGCGUGGGCAGAGUGGUGCUGUGCGGCGAGAGAGACGGAGUCUUGUUCAGAGGGAUGAGCCUGAACCACAUCUGCUUGGAACUGGAUGUCAUGUCAGGAAACUCUGCCGACUCGUAUUCCGAGGGAGAGUCUGAAGGGGAGCAGAAGGAGAAGCCAGAGCCGCCCGCCCUCUCCCCCUCCCCCAAACCUGCGCCCACCCUGCUGUACGUCAGGAAGGGCAAGAACAAUGGCCGAGUGGGACGACCCAAGAAGCUGAAGAACAGCCCGGCGCCUCCCCAGUCUGCCACGCCCACUCCUCCACCACUUCCUGUCAACCGAAGGAGGGGUUCAGGUAAGCGCGGCGUGCUGAAGCGUCCGUGGUCGGAGGCGGAGCGAGCGGCGGUGGAGGAGCACCUGACCCGGAACAUCAACGAGCUGCGCGUGCCCGCCAAGGCGGACUGCGAGCGCUGCCUGCAGCAGUGCCCCCUGCUGGUCAGCAACCAGCGCGACUGGCGGGCCAUCAAGUUCUACUGCCACAACCGCAUCCAGCUGCUGAAGAAGAACCAGCGGCGCGACAGCGAGCUGCAGCCCCUCGCCGUGUGCUGAGGGCGGAGCCUCGCGCUCUGAUGAACGGUACUAAAUGUCACUUUGUCGUGAUGGCUUCUUAGUAGAUGUCUAAAGUCUAAGAUUGUGUUCAAGUCCCAAGACCUUUCAACAACAGACCACCAAAAAAUACAGCUUUGUAUUUUUUUGGUGGUCUGAGUUUAUAGCAUUCAGCGUGCGCCAUGUUGUAUAUGGACCAUGUUUUAAACCACACAGUGUUGUACCAACAUUAAGAAGUAGCUUUAGUACUAGAGACGUUGCAAAGACUACUUUCACUUUCCUUCCGUCGACCAGUUCUUCUAUUCAGCCACUGGACCUCCAUUUUAGGGGAACUGCACUUUAUUUUGGAGUCAUUCGCAACCCUCAAGUAAGACAUGUUGCUUCUUUUUUUUCAUGCAUUCUAACUCGUAAAUAAACUCUAGCAAAAGGCAGCUAACAAUAGAGCUAACGGUGGUCGUUCUGUUGCACCUAUAGAGCGCUCUAAGAAACAUCCAAGUAUAUAUGUAGUAAUUACAUAUGUCAUGCAGUAACAUUCAUAAUAACAUGUAUUAUAUACAUGAUGUAAGUACAUAUGUCAUGUAGUAACAUUCAUAAUAACAUGUAAUAUAUACAUGAUGUAAGUAUAUAUGUCAUGUAGCAACAUUCAUAAUAACAUGUAGUAUAGUAUAUAUGUAGUAUCUAGUAACAUUCAUAAUAACAUGUAAUAUAUACAUGAUGUAAGUAUAUAUGUCAUGUAGUAACAUUCAUAAUAACAUGUAAUAUAUACAUGAUGUAAGUAAUAACAUGUAAUAUAGUAUAUAUGUAGUAU